ACCACGUUUACCUCCACAUCCUUGAGAAGGACACCGAAAAAUCGCGUGCAGCCACGCUUAUCACCCGUAAACACUAGUGACCUUCCGGCUUGGUAUCUCCGAAGUGGUUUUGUGAACUGUGAUGUGGUAGUCGGUUGUCGAAACGGGUAUUUUGUUGUUUCUUUUUUUUUUUAAUUUUCGGGUAGAAUGGCGCUUGAACUCAGCACUCAGCCGGCGAUGCCGCUGGAUUUCAGCAACGGGUCCAACAGGAACAGCUCCGGAAGUCCGGAAGUGAACGUGUCGGAUUCGGCACCUUCCAGUCCGGCGGGCCACAGCGCUUUCACCAUCGUCACGCCGAAAGGCAGGGAAGCUAACUCAUCAGACAGAACUGGUUCUCCUUCCCAGUUUCCCUCACCAACAGGUUUCGUGGCGUACUGUCGGAACCUUUGGGGCGCCCCAAUAGUACCUGGUGGUCCUAGGUACUUCUCCCCAUUUUCGAAUGGACAAACCACAAAGGAAAAAUCACCAGAACCCAUCAAGUUCGGCGUCAGCAGGCUGGUGUCCAAAUCCGACGACGAAGACGAGCAAGCGAACAACAACAACUCCAAAUACUACCGCAAGGAAGAGGGUACAUGUUACAGCGGCGACGAAAGGGCAUCGCCGAGGUACAGCAGCGACAACAGGUGGGAUAACCAGUCCCCCAGACCAUCACCAAGCACCUCCCCGGAACUAGAGGUCGAUUCUCCCCCUCACUCCAGAACGAACUCACCGUCCCCCAGGCCAAGUUCUGUCACGGAGAUCCAAAAGAGCGAAUCACCGAGCAAGAAAUCAGAGGCGUUUUCGGUCAGCGCGUUGCUGCGACCCGACAACCCGAAGAAACAAGACAAUCCCUGCUACCAGGAAACGAUAUCGGUUACGAGGUCGUAUCUGUACCCACCGUUCGUGGAUUUGGUCAAGGAUGCACAAAUCAAGUCGGCACAGGAGUACAACGCCCAGUUCCUACCGCGAAACUUCGUACAUCCGGGUUUCUUCCCUUCGGGACUUUACCCACAGAAGGAAGGAGAAGAAAGAAGUUUUCUACCCACGCCCACAUCCUUAUAUUUCAGUGCUAUGGCCGCCGCGAUGGCCAGCGGUCAAUCCCAGCACGGACAGUACCCAGUGCCCCCUACCACGGAGGAGUUGUACAGGUUAAGGCACCACUUCAUGAGCGGCGCUUCUGGAGUUCACCCCCACCACCACCAUUUGCUGAUGAGGCCUGGGAUGAUGCCCAUUGGAGACGUUUAUUCUUGCAUCAAAUGCGAGAAGAUGUUUUCCACUCCUCACGGUCUUGAGGUGCAUGCUAGGAGGUCGCAUAACGGGAAAAGGCCCUUCGCCUGCGAAUUGUGCAAUAAGACUUUCGGUCACGAAAUCAGCUUGAGCCAACAUAGAGCUGUCCACAACGUAGAGAAAGUUUUUGAGUGCAAGCAGUGCGGUAAAUCCUUCAAAAGAUCGUCGACGUUAUCGACACACCUCCUCAUACAUUCAGAUACAAGGCCCUACCCAUGCCAGUACUGUGGGAAGAGGUUUCACCAAAAAUCGGAUAUGAAGAAACACACCUACAUACAUACUGGUGAGAAACCCCACAAGUGCACGGUAUGCGGGAAGGCCUUCAGCCAGUCCUCCAACCUCAUCACCCACUCCAGGAAGCACACGGGCUUCAAGCCCUUCGCCUGCGACCUCUGCGGCAGGGCCUUCCAGCGGAAGGUCGACCUCCGGAGACACAAGGAGACGCAGCACACGGAGCUGCGCCCCAUAGUCACAUAGUGCCAAACCUCCGG